AUGCUGCAGCCUAUAGUAUAUCAAUUGGGACACGAGCCCAUCAAGGACCACUGCUUUGCUCCUGGAUACGAGCUUUUGGCCGUCACCAAGGACAACACCGUGGAGUUGUACCAGACUCAGGUGAACUCCAAAACCAAGCCCCAGCUUAUCACGACUUUGAAAGGUCACGACAAGACCGUCACUUCCGUGGACAUCUCGCCUGACGGAACCAAGAUCUUGACCUGCUCCCAGGACAGAAACGCCCUUGUGUGGGAAUGGAACGAUCAGGCUGGAGACUUCAAACCCACCUUGGUGCUUUUGAGAAUCAACAGAGCCGCCACCGUGUGCAAGUGGUCUCCCAACGGAGACAAGUUUGCUGUUGGCUCGGCCGACCGGAUCAUUGCCGUCUGCUACUACGAAGCCGAGAACGACUGGUGGGUGUCCAAGCACUUGAAGAAGCCGCUCAAGUCCACCAUCACCAGCUUGCUGUGGCACCCCAACAACGUGUUGUUGGCGCUGGGCUCCACCGACGGCCACGUGCGUGUUUUCUCGGGCUACAUCAAGGGCGUCGACGAGAAGCCUGAGCCUUCCGUCUGGGGCUCCAAGUUGCCUUUCCAGACGCUUGUGGGCGACUUCUCCAACGAAACAGGUGCUUGGGUCCACGACGUGACCUUCAACAAGGACGGCCAGGGCGAGUCUUUGGCGUAUGUUACCCACGAUGGCUCAAUUUCGGUGGUUUACCCUGGCGGAGAGGGCCAGCCUCCAGCUGCCUUCAUCACCAUCAAGACCAACUACUUGCCAUUCAAGUCGCUCCUCUACUCGGGCAACAGAAUCAUUGUGGGCGGCCACAACUGUAACUUGAUUGUGUUUGAGGGUGACCAAAACGGCUGGCACGAGGCUUUCCACGUUGAGAAGCAGAAGGACUUGAUCCACGAUGUGCCUGCUGUGGAGGAGGAGCAGGAGAUCUCGAGUCACGACGCUCUCAACAUGUUCAAGCAAUUGGACUUGAAGGGUAAGGCCAGCCGUCCUAACGAGAAGGGCAGCGGCAAGGCUUUGAGCACGAUCAACCAGAACACCAUCGCCAGCAUCAAGUGGUACGAGGGCGGCAAGGUCUCCACCUCUGGUAUCGACGGCAAGAUCGUGAUCUUCUCGGUCUAG